AACUCAUCUGAAUUGCUGAGAGGCGGGAGCGCGAGAGCUCUCUGCGAACUAAGCGAGGGGAAAAAGAAGAGAACUGCAAGCUGCCGCCGCUGUUGCAUCUGCUGCAAUGAACUGGCUAGAUGAAACGAAUUGGCAACUUCACAUUUCCUUCCUAGUGCUGCUCUCCAUUCACACGAAGGCAAACUUUCUAGACAGCAGGCCCUUGAGGAAUUCUGGGAAAGGAAAUAUCGAUGCUAGGAAAGAAGAUGGAGGAAGCACAGCAGCUGCUCCUACCCAGAAGAAGCUCUGGUGUCACUGUCAUCACUACUGUCCCGAAAAUUCAAAAAACAACACCUGCAGCACGGAUGGCUAUUGCUUUGCGAUGGUGGAAGAUGAAGAUACUGGAGGACAGAGUUUUACUACUGGCUGCAUAGGUUUAGAAGGUUCUGACUUCCAAUGCCGAGACACUCCAUUGUCUCAACCAAGAAGAUUAAUAGCAUGCUGCACAGAUCAGGAUUUCUGUAAUAAAGAUCUUCACCCUACUCUACCACCAUUAGAACAUCCAGUUUUUUCAAAGGGAAAUGUUCACCAGAAGGCUCUGCUAAUUUCAGUGAUUGUCUGUAGCAUACUCUUGGUAUGCAUCAUCAUAUUCUGUUACUUCAGGUAUAAAAGACUAGAAAGGAGACGGCGACCUCCUCCUUACAGCAUUGGACUUGAACAAGAUGAGACAUAUAUUCCACCAGGAGAAUCCUUGAAAGACCUCAUUGAGCAGUCACAGAGCUCAGGAAGUGGUUCAGGGCUCCCUCUAUUGGUACAGAGGACUAUAGCGAAACAGAUUCAGAUGGUGAAGCAGAUUGGCAAAGGUCGCUACGGGGAGGUUUGGAUGGGAAAGUGGAGAGGAGAAAAAGUGGCUGUCAAAGUUUUCUUCACCACCGAGGAAGCCAGCUGGUUUCGAGAGACAGAAAUCUAUCAGACUGUCCUGAUGAGGCAUGAAAAUAUUUUGGGAUUUAUUGCUGCAGAUAUUAAAGGUACUGGAUCUUGGACACAACUUUAUCUUAUCACUGAUUAUCAUGAAAAUGGAUCUCUCUAUGAUUAUCUAAAAUCUACUACCUUGGAUACAAAAGCAAUGCUGAAACUGGCAUAUUCCUCUAUCAGUGGAUUGUGUCACUUGCAUACCGAGAUUUUUAGCACCCAAGGCAAACCAGCAAUUGCUCACAGGGAUCUCAAAAGUAAAAACAUUCUGGUGAAGAAAAACGGAACUUGCUGUGUAGCAGAUCUUGGUCUGGCGGUUAAAUUCAUUAGUGAUACAAAUGAAGUGGAUAUCCCACCAAACACCAGAGUAGGAACAAAACGCUACAUGCCUCCAGAAGUGCUGGAUGAAAGUCUGAAUCGAAAUCACUUUCAGUCAUAUAUUAUGGCUGACAUGUACAGCUUUGGGCUCAUCCUUUGGGAAAUAGCAAGGAGAUGUGUUUCUGGAGGUAUUUUUGAGGAAUACCAGCUUCCUUAUCAUGACCUUGUUUCCAGUGAUCCUUCAUAUGAAGACAUGAGGGAAAUAGUAUGCAUCAAAAGAUUACGGCCUUCAUUUCCCAAUAGAUGGAGCAGUGAUGAGUGCUUACGACAAAUGAGAAAAUUAAUGAAUGAAUGCUGGGCUCAUAACCCUGCUUCCCGGCUCACAGCCCUGCGAGUUAAGAAAACACUUGCCAAAAUGUCAGAGUCACAGGACAUUAAGCUUUGAUUCAGCUAACAAAAGCUAAAGCUCAGAAAAAAUGGACUUUCCUUCUGUGUUUCAAAGAGACAGGAAGAAGAAUGACAUGCCUUCAGUAAUAUGAACCUUGAAUACAGAUUUUGGCAAAGCAUUUUGCAUACUGGGGCAGAAACCUUUCCAAGGGAAAGAAAUGUGGUUCAGUCAAGACCGACCAGACAAGAAGACUUUUAGUUUCCUUGGAGAUUAAUGCAAGAAAAUAUAUCGAUAAUUGUUUCUAGACUAUGAAUGCUGCUUUCUGUGAAAGCCUUUAUUAUUAAUAUUGUUAUUAAUAUUUGAAGUUUUUAAUUUUCAUGGGAAUGAACCAUUGCAGUUGCAAAGUCCGAGGAAAGAAUUAUUUUCUAACACAAAAAAAUACAAAAUUGCAUCCAAAGUCCUACUGAUAGAAAAAAAAUUGUUGCACUCUUAAAAUGACCCAAACCCAAUUUUAAAUUGUUAUGCAGGAUGCAUGCUAUGCCUGGGGGGAAAAACAGCUAAGCCAUGAUUUGCAACCAAGCAGUGCCUUGAAUAAAGAAGAUAUUGUCAUGCAGUUCCUUGUGUGUAACUUUUAAUAUUUUACAUUCAUGAAACUUGCAGGAACAUGUCAUCAAAACAAAUUUCUCUUGGCCAAUUCUAAAUUGUCAUUCCUGUAAAAACAUGGGCUUUGGUCAUACCCAUAGGGUGUAUCCUUCUAUUCAUGGAAAUAUGGGAGUGAUAUCAGCACAUAAUUAUUCACUUAAUGAGACUUAUGCAAGUUAUUCUGACAGAGGACUGUGCCUUUGGGGGCUUUUUGACUAAUUUUUUGGCCUUUUUACACUCAGUGUUUUGAAAAAAAAUGUCUUAGAGAACAUUUGUUAAAGGUUGAACUUGUGUAUUCUCACUAGCAUUUCAACGGUAAAUGAAGGUGUUCCCAAAAUUGCAUUAAAAACCUUUUGCCUUAAGGUAAUUGAGUUAAAAUAAACUGUGUUGAUAGAAAUGUUUCUAGAGAAAAAUUAAGGUACUGUUUCCUUUUAUUUAUUUAUUUUUAUAUAAAUAAAUUGGACAAUGCUAUAUCUCUAACCAUUAUCCCAUAGUUUAGGUGAAAAAGGACAAUGUUAUUUAAGCCAAAAUAACAUUCAGCCAAAAUGCAAAACUCUGCAUAUUUCGGAAUUCCUGUGGUACUUUCUCUCAAUUUUGCAUUUUUAAACAAAUUUUGCUAGUUUCAGUAUAUCGUAGAAAUGGUUUUGAACACGGAUGUCAGCCUGUUUUAAUCUUGUUUCAGCCUUUGUUACACUUUCUACCUUUUGAUGAACUAUCUUAAAUUUGAAUUGCUCAUUUAAAGAAAUUCACAAAAUAGUAAUAAGAGCUAUAAAUGGGAUACAUAUAAGAAACACACAUCUUUUUGACUUGGUUAUAUGCCCCCCCUCCAAAUAUUUCUAAACUGCUUUAGACAGUGAGAUAGGAGCAUGUAAAUUUUAAUAAAUGUUUCUCAUAUUUAUAAUAAUCUGAUUUAUCUGAGGAGUAAUUUUAAAUGAUAGAACCAUAGUUGUUUACUGGGUUUUCAGAACAGAUGGGGGAAAUACAGAUUUGAGGACCUGAGAUUUUCUGCUGUGCCUUUCA